AUGUCGUCUUCGUCUCUGCUAAUUCUAAGUGAUCGUUACUUUCAGCGAUGUAUGCUGAGUUUCCCUGGUAUUCCAGGAUCAAAUGGUAUACCGGGGGCCACACGGACCCCAGGGAAGGGAAGGUGCAAAAGGACACAUAACGCCGAGAUAGCGCUUUAAAUAGGAUUAUGGUAUCCAAGGUCCAUUCCGUGCCUCGAAAACAGGGAAGAUGGCUGGCGGGUAUAGACUUUGUUCAUUUUGGUCUGGAAUCAUUGUUUUAAUUUGAGGAAACUACGGGCGUGUAUUAACGGAGAUAUCCUUUCAAUUCUAAAUGAAAAGGAAAGAGGAAUAAUUAUGCAAGUUAUUUUCCGUUGCUGUUCUAAAUUAAUUUAAGUAGUGAUGACAUGCACAAUUCUUAGAGAGCCAGGCAUUGCGGGCAUGAAAGGAGAGCAAGGAGCUGUGGGAGUGAAAGAAGAGCGAGGCAUUGUGGGAAUGAAAGGAGUGCGUGGAGCUGUGGGAAUGAAAGGAGAGCGAGGCAUUGUGGGAAUGAAAGGAAGAAAAGGAGACAAAGGAGAGAAAGGAGAAAGCGCCAAAGCAAGUCAAGCAAGUGUAGUACCACAAACCAACUGGAAACAAUGUGUGUGGAAAUCACACAGCAAUACUGAUAACGGAAAGAUUAAGGUAAUUAGAAUAAGAAUCAUAACACACUCCUAAGAAAAUUUGUUCUUUUUUGAAUUAAAAUAUUUCAAAGAAGAACGUCUCCCCUGUCAUUCACCGUUUGCCAACAUAUUACGUAAAUAACUAUUUAGUUACAUUUCCCUCAAUUUUGGUUCUUUUUGAACGAAAAAAAGAAAAACCAUCGUGCGUGAUAAAAUGAUUCCUGGGGAUAUGCAUAAAGACAAGAAAAAUUUAAGCUAUUACAGAGUUUUUAAACAUUAGGGAGUAAUCUUGACUGGAGUUGUUAGUAUCAAUCAUUACACACGGUUGCUCGCCUUAACACAAUAUGUUUGAUUUGUUUGCUUUUAUUCCAGGACUGUGCGUUUAACAAACUGCAGUCUAAUUCAGCGCUCAGAGUCUCAUUCCAUGGAAACAUGAGGGUCCCUGGUAAUGUUAAGUGUAAUCGCUGGUAUUUCAAGUUCAAUGGAAAUGAAUGCAGUGGCCCAAUGACGAUUGAUGCUAUUGUUUACCUCGACUGGUCAUCUGGGAACCUUGAUCUGUGGCAUCAUCGGUCAUUUGAAGGGUACUGUGAAAACAUUCCACAAGGGGCGGUUAGAGUGGAAUUAUGGGUAGGACAGUGUAGUGGUCAAACCUUGGGUGAUGCUUACACUGGGUGGAAUUCAGUAUCUCGGAUAAUGAUCGAAGAAGUAUCUAGGCCCCAGUCCUCAUAA